AUGGCCGCCCCCGCCGCCUUCUGCCGGAGCCCGCUCGCCUGGCUCUUCGCGCUCGCCGCCGCGCUCUUCUUCUUCUCCUGGUACCUCCUCCUCGACUCCGCCGCGGGCCCAGCCGCCGCCCGCCGCCCCAACCAGUGGCUCCGCGCCGGCGGCGGGCGGCGCCCCGGCGGCCCCGGUAGGAAAUGCGACCCCGCGGAGGCGCUGCUGCGAGUGUUCAUGUACGACCUGCUCCCCGAGUUCCACUUCGGCCUGCUCGACUGGAAGCCCCCCGGCUUCGGCGGCGGCGUGUGGCCCGACGUCAGGGACGGCGUGCCGGACUACCCGGGGGGCCUCAACCUGCAGCACAGCAUCGAGUACUGGCUGACCCUCGACCUCCUGGCCUCCGAGCAGGGCGCGCCCACGCCCUGCGCGGCGGCGCGGGUGCGCCACGCCGCGGACGCCGACGUCGUCUUCGUGCCCUUCUUCGCCUCGCUCAGCUUCAACCGCCACUCCCGGGUCGUGCCGCCCGCGCGGGAUAGCGAGGACCGCGCGCUGCAGCGGAGGCUCCUCGAGUUCCUCGCCGCGCGGCCUGAGUGGCGGAGGACCGGCGGGCGGGACCACGUCGUGCUCGCGCACCACCCCAACGGGAUGCUCGACGCGCGCUACAGGUUCUGGCCCUGCGUCUUCGUGCUCUGCGACUUCGGGAGGUACCCGCCCAGCGUCGCCAACCUCGACAAGGACGUCAUCGCGCCCUACCGGCACCUCGUCUCCAACUUCGCUAAUGACACCGCAGGAUACGACGACCGGCCGACGCUGCUCUACUUCCAAGGCGCCAUCUACAGGAAGGACGGUGGUUCCAUCCGGCAGGAACUGUAUUACCUUCUGAAAGACGAGAAAGAUGUGCAUUUCUCUUUUGGAAGUGUAGCUGGUAACGGGAUCGAGCAAUCAACACAAGGGAUGCGGUCAUCCAAGUUCUGCCUCAACAUUGCAGGUGACACUCCAUCCUCCAACCGCCUCUUCGACUCCAUAGUCAGUCACUGUGUUCCCGUCAUCAUCAGCGAUGAGAUUGAGCUCCCGUUUGAGGAUGUCCUCGACUACUCAAAGUUCAGUGUCAUAGUUCGUGGCGCAGACGCAGUCAAGAAGGGGUUUCUAAUGAGCCUGAUCACAGGGAUCAGCCGAGAAGAGUGGACACGCAUGUGGAACAAGCUAAAGGAAGUAGAAAAGCACUUUGAGUACCAAUACCCAUCUCAGACUGAUGAUGCCGUGCAGAUGAUAUGGAAGGCUAUUGCUCGGAAGGUGCCCUCUAUCCGUCUGAAGAUUAACAGACUACGAAGAUUUUCUCGGUUUGAUACUAACAAGACAGAGGAGACUCUGCCCCAGUCUUCUUGGCUACAGAAUGAGGCUCCUUGA